UCGACGGCUACGAUGGCUACGAUGCCUAUACCACGCGAUGCGGCUAAGGACAUCUCCUUUCUCCUUGCCGUUCUUGACGGUAUAACCAUUACUCACUCCUUCGCUAAGGAUGUUCUUGACAUGUGGCGUAGCUGUCGAGGUUGUGCGNCCGCUCCCACUAAUGGCGAAGAGUUGGGUCGCGGCAUUGCGGAGAUCUGGCAGAAGUGGGUUGGUGACGAUCUGGCUUCUGGCUCUGUUUCUACUUCUACUCUUCUGGCUGCAAAGCAGAUCUUAGAUGGCACUUCUUUGACCAAGGCCAUCAUCAUCGACGACGAUAGUGAUGAUGAAGUCCAGAAGCCCAAGACUCCUGUCCCUACUCGUCCCUUACCUCGCAUUUUUAGGGUUCCACCGGGUGCUGGCCUCAUUACUCCUCUUGACGUCGACAAGGUUGUGGCGACUACAACCGCCUAUAACGACUCCAACAUCAUCGUCGAGUUGGGCGAGAGCGAGCACGAAGAAAGUACGACCAGCGUCCGCCCCACUUGCCCUAUUGCCAGAAACAAGAAAGGUCUCCCUACUCCCCAGAGCCUCGAGAAGAAAGCCAUAGUAUUCGAAAAGUCCAUCAAGCCCGUCAAGAUCGCAAAGUUCGUCAAGGCCAACAAAGUCAAGACCCCUCGCCACAAAGGCAAGAAGAAGGUCGUCAACGACAGCGAGUCAGAGCUCGAUACGGAAAUGGCCAUGAGCCCUCCCACCCUUGGAUCAACCCGCAAGCGCCGUCGCGGCAUCGACUACACAGACGUGCCCACCGACCCAGUUUUCGACAACUCUGACGAAGACUUCCAGCCCGACGAAGAUGAUGGCGACAAGCGUAUUGAUGAAUGGUUUGCUUCCAAGUACCCUGUGCUCGACACCCCUUCGAAGCAGCAGAAGAAGGUCAAGGCUUGA